GUCUAUGUUCAGUCGCGAGAGAACAAUGGACAACUUUGGUUAUCGCGAGAUGGGGUGGCCGUCACCUCUGCAGACACCGCCUCCACAAACGCCAAGAUCGCGAUUGACAAAUAGUUUUAGUUCUCGAUCCAGAGAACCGGAAGAAGUGCCUCUACGAAACUCUUUCAAACAUGUUCGUAACAUUGAUGUACUUGAAUCAGGAAGUGAAGCGGGAAAGACUAAGGAAUAUUUAUUUGUGGGGCCAUCACCACCAGCCGAGGAUGCUCCUCCAAUGUACCAUAGCUUUGAUUUUAUGACACCCGACCCAGAAGCAAGGCUGACUGAAGACAUGAUACGACGAGCAUUAUGUGAAAGAGCCUUAACUUUGGGAGCAGGACGAUUUUUUGAUGAUAUUGAAUGUGGUUUAAUAACAUCCGAAAACAUAGAAGAACACAUUGCGUCUGCACCAGAAGUUGUUGUUAACUUAACGUUGCUUUGGGCUGCUUUAUUAGCUCGUGAUGAAGUAUUACCCACAGUUGUGCUAGCUGGAGCAGAUGUACAUUACUCGGAUCCAAUUGGCUUAACGGCAUUGCACAUUGCUGCAUUUAGUGGUGCAAGUAGAUCGGUGGUAUAUUUGCUGUCCAUCGGGGCUGAUAUCGAUUAUGUCCCUAAAUAUUUUGCUCCUCUACACUGCGCUGCAUUUGGUAAUUCCUUAGAGGUAGCUGAUCUUUUAAUUUCAAAUGGUGCGUCUCUACAUGCGGUUGUGCAAAGAGCUGGCUGUGAAGAUAAUCUUGUGCAUUGUGCUGUACGAAAUGAUGCUGUAGAAUGCAUGGAACUGUUCAUUGAAAAAGGUGUUGAUCCGGCUUAUAUUACGUCAGGAGGUAUGAAUGCUUUACAUUUAGCAGCGAAUCUUGGUGCCCAAAGGUGUCUGGGAUUCUUACUGAAAGAAACCAAACUGAGUGUAAAUGGUGCAACAAAAAACAGAGAUAAGGAAUGUACUGCCUUACACUUAGCAGCUGCACGAGGCUAUACAGAAUGUGUAGAACUACUGUUAUCUGAAGGUGCUAAAGCAAAUGCAAAAAACUUCCGAGGGUUGACAGCUCUACACCUCGCAUCUCGCUGUUCUUGCUUGGAAUGCGUGGAAGUUCUUCUGAGAGAUGGUAAUGCAGACCCAAAUGCUGAAGAUUUUGAUAAAAGAUCUCCAUUACAUGCCGCCAUCACAAAGUCUGAACGAGCUUGUGAUAUCAUUGAGAUACUGGUAAGUUGGGGUGCGCAAACAAAUAAAAAAGACGAAUAUGGUUACUCUCCAAUACAUCUUGCUGCAAUAGACGGUUUAACUAGCUGUGUAGAAACGCUCAUAUUUUUAGGGGCGGAUGUAACAUCAAAAUCAAAAAAGGGUCAUACAGCGUUAAGCGUAAUUGUCAGAAAAGCUCCCAAGUCUCUGGCCAUUAUAAAAUAUAACUUAGAUUCUGGAAUUUCACUAAGUCGAUCAACAGAAGGAAAUGAAGAGGUUCAAAUUGAAUUUGAUUUCGGAAAAUUGUUAAAAUAUUCUUAUCCGCGUGAAAUCACCUAUGUCAACAGUUUAAUCGAUGAAGGUCAGAAAGAUAUAUUACAACAUCCGCUAUGUUUAGCAUUUCUAUUCAUGAAAUGGAAGAAGAUAAGAAAGUUCUAUUUGGCCAGACUUGUAUUUUGUUUCCUGUUUGUAUUGUUUUUGUCAACGUACGUGCUGACAGCUGUUGUGAAAACGUGCCACGGAAAAUAUUCUAAGAAAUACGAUGUGCCUAAUGAACUUUGCCAGAAUCAGUCUUUAGUUGGUGAUAUUUUAGAAGAUAAUCCUAUAGAAUUAGAAAGAUGGGUGUUAUUGGCAAUUACAAUUUUUGAAAUAAUCAGGAAGCUAACAGGAAUAACAGGAUAUUCAAGUGUUUAUCAAUACUUUACAACUUUUGAAAACUUAUUGGAGUGGUUUGUCUUACUAUCUGUUUUUUUCCUAUAUGAUAUUGAGAAAGAUUAUGGAUGGCAAAACCAUAUAGAGGGAUACGCAGUUUUGGGAGCUUGGACCAAUUUAAUGUUGAUGAUGGGGCAGUUGCCAAUGUUCGGCGACUACGUAGCAAUGUAUCAAAAAGUUUUAACUGAAUUUUUUAAAUUGUUACUAGCUUAUAUUUGUUUACUAUUGGGCUUUGCCAUAUGUUUCCUUGUAGUAUUCCCGAACGAAGAAAUGUUUUCGAACCCUUUGAUGGGAUUAAUUAGUACUCUAUCAAUGAUGGUUGGAGAAUUAAAUUUAAAUAUAUUAAUCAACGAUCCAUUACGAGACGAUCCACCCUUAAUAUUCGAACUUUCAUCUCAAAUUAUUUUCAUAUUAUUUUUGAUGUUUGUAACAAUUAUUCUUAUGAAUUUGUUAGUUGGUAUAGCUGUCCACGAUAUUCAAGGUCUUCGAAAAACAGCGGGACUUUCAAAGCUGGUACGACAAACAAAACUAAUUUUAUUCGUGGAAAUGGGUAUGUUUAGUGCAUUAUUACCGAAGUGUUUACACAAAUACAUUUAUAGAACUGCUCUAGUAUCACCAGAAGCUGGAAAAGUUAUAUUGAGCGUAAAACCCUUAAAUCCAAGAGAAAAAAGGUUACCUACAGACAUUAUGAUGGCCGCAUAUGAGUUGGCACAGUUAAACAAAUUAAAGUCAAAUACAUCUAUGAAAGAGGUAUUGUAUAAAAAUAAGUACCACUCUUCGAAAUUCAAGAACGACGGACAGACGGAUCACCAGUUCAACAUUGAGAUAAGGGGCAUGCAGGAGAAAAUAGAUCAGACAACAUUCAAUCUAAAGAAAAUAGACCAGGAGAUGAGACACUUGAACACGUUGCUUCUCGAACAGCAACAUUUGCUACAAAAUUUGUUCAAAGUCACAGACAAAUCGUAUUUACAAACACCGUCUCAAAACUAUUCUGAAUCUCCAUUUAAUUUUUCAAGCAAUAACUCUGAUAUCACUUCUAUCGCCAAAUGUUAAAUAUAAAUAAAAAAAGAUAUAAGAUAAAAUAAUUAUUAAGAUCUACAAUAUAAUAUUGAGGCAACCUAAAUACUUAUUUCAAGGAAAAGAUUCAUUACAGCGCAAAACACAUAGUAGUGUAUUUACUCAAGAUACAUUUCCAUGUAAGUUUAUGUAUUAAAUAAACACAUCUUGAGUUAUAAGAAUCUGUUAUUUGUUAAGUAAUUAGAUUUUUUAACAUAAGAUGCUUGUUAUCUUUGCUUGAUAAUAGUGUUAACUGGCUGAUAAGAAAUGAUGUGAUUAAAGGCUCAACUCAAUCAGGGUACAAUAAAUUUGAUUUUAAAGUAAAA